AUGGUCGACAAGUCCGAGGAGAGGUUCGACACAUAUAAGGAAAAAAGCUUAGACUUGCAUUGUAAGUUCAAGAAGCCUGAGAUACAAAGAAAAGUCAGAAAAGAGGUUGAGCAGCUUGUCGAGAAUAUGGGAAUCACCAAGGAGGUAGUCCGAAGAGAAAGAGAAAAGAACAUUCUAAAAGAAGAAGACAUGGUUAGGCCAAAGAAGGCCAAACCAGAAGCCUCUGUUCCCAAGCCUAAGCAGUCAAAGGGUUCUGCUCCCUCAUCCAAUGGUCAGAAACUUGUCAAUUCACCCAAGCCCCAAGCUAAAUCAUCCAGUGAAGUGAAGAGGAAACAAGGACAAGCUAGAGUUCUUAUUUCUAAUGAUGAAGAGGAAAUAGAGUCAGAUGAUGCGGUGAAAGAAAAAAAGAAGAUUGUCAAAGCAGCUAAAGUUGUCAAAGGCAAAUCAUCCAGUAAAGAGCAGUCCCACAAGAAGACCCAGUCAUAUGAGAUUGUUAUGACUAUAAGAAAGGUUAAGGAAACCAUUGUCAAGGAAGGUAACCUAAAACCUAUUUCCAAAUAUUAUGAGUUAUUGGAUGAUGUUGGGAAGAGAUCUAUAAAGAAGACAACUAUUGAAUACUUGAAUAAAUAUAAUAGGCCUCUUAUUGAAAUAAUGUCAGAAAUUCGUUGGAGCUUAUAUGACAUUAUGGACAUGAGGAAAGAAACUGCUAGGAUAGAGGAAGAGAGAAUAAGAGAAUAUAUAUUAGUUCAACUUUGUCCUAUGAUAGAAAAAGCAAAAAUUGACAGGAUUCUUGAAGAAAAUGAGAAAAAAUUCAGAAGCAAGAAGAGAGUGAAUAAGAUAAUGAUUGGUAGAAAUGAAGGAGUUGGAAGAGAAACUAAACAAAUUUUAAGAGCAAUUUUGUCAAAUAAUAACUAUGAGAUGGAUAAACCAAUUCUAGAAGAAGAUGAAGAUGAAGGAGAUAAGAUUAAUGUUGAUGUUGGUGAUGUAGAUAAGGUUGAUUCAGAGGAGUCUGAAGUUAAGGUUGCUACUGAGGCAAGAGACACUGAGGAUCCAAUAAAGGGGAAGGAGAUCUAUGUAGAGGAUCCAGAAUUUUCUCAAGGCCCCAUUAGCCUAGCUUCUUUGUCCCCUAUUAAGGUUCUCAAAUUAGUUGUGCUUUCUCAAGCUAAAGCCAGUGAAGACGGAGAAAAAUAUUGCACAAAUAGGAGGGUUGAUGAUGUAGAUAAAGAGGACAUGGAUGUGGAAACUGGUUCAGAGGAUGAAAAGGAGAAGGUGGCUAAUGAUGAAAUGGAGAUUGAGAAGAAAGAGGUUGUAGGAGAAGAGGAGGAGGUGCAGAGAAAAGUGUAUGUUGAAAAGCCUGAUUCAAACCCUUCUGUCUCGGAUAGCAAGAAUUUUUCUCAGAAUACCAUAGAGGAUGUUAACCCUAAGUCUAUGAGCUCUGCAUAG